ACGGUCUCCCGGUCUUCCAGCGUGCUUUCUUCUCCUUCCCUCCUCUCUCUCGCUCUCUCUCUCUCUCUCUCUCUCUCCUCGCAAUUGACCCAAAAAAAAAAACAAAAAAAAAUCAAAAGGAAAAAACAGAGCAUAGUUUCUUCGAAAUUAAUAGAUCGGCAUCUCGAGAUUUCCCAGAUUGAUCCGUUCAUGGCGACGACGCAGUUGUACGGAUCCGUGGUGGCGCCGAGGAGGAGCAUCGUGCCCUCUAAUGGCGAUCGCUUCUCGCCCUUGUCGUCUAGGGUUUCGUCCCACAUCUCUGCGGGGUUCGGGGGGACGUUCUCUUGCGGCCUUGUCAUUAAGAACCCGAUCUUUGUCGCCUCAAAGGUUUCGCACCGAUUUGUUACACCAUCAAUUUCAAUGUCUGUAAAGGGAAAUAGUAUGAGAGCUCCUGGUUUUGUAGCUAAUACUGCUAUAAGGUACACAGAUGACCAAACUCAGGAGCCCAUGGAGUCUAAUUUAACUGUGGAGCCAGUUGAUGAAAACACAAAGAUGGAUAAAGAGGUGGCUCUUCCACCAAAGAAGUGUGCAAAAAUCCACGAUUUUUGCUUAGGCAUCCCAUUUGGUGGGUUUGUAUUUUCUGUGGGGGUAAUUGGAUUUCUUUUCUGGAGAAGUCCAGCAAGUCUUGUUUUAGGAGUUGCACCUGGGGUGGUUAUUAUGGCUCUUGGUGUACUUAGCCUGAAGGUUUGGAGGAGGGGAGCAUCCAGCUUACCAUUCAUAUUGGUGCAAGCAGCUGUUGCUCUUGCACUGACUUGGAAGUACUUUCUGGAGUACAACUUGACAAAGAAGCUCCUCCCUUGGAGUAUUUAUGGUUUAUUGAGUGCCGCUAUGGUUUGCUUCUACUGCUAUGUCCUGCUCGCUGGAGGAAAUCCGCCACCAAAACAAUCGGCAGCAGCUCCACUGUUGUAACCUUCCACGAAGCAUUCUCACUGAAACAGUUAUGCAUGUGAGCAUUUCACAUGCGGUUUGCAUGGAUAAACCCUUGCUAUUUAUGAGUGUCUGAGCUGAAAAAUAUUUUCCUCGGAUAUUUAAACCAGAAAAUUUAGUUGUGUACUGUUAUUCUACUGGACAUAUAUCACACGAGGACACGCAGGCCAUAUCCUUGAGAUUCACAUACUACAUAUAAAAUAUAACAUUUGAUCAGAGGCUGUAUAUUGUGGUUAAUAUAGUUUUCAAACUGUUGGCAAUGCAUAAUUAACGGAUUGUUGUAAUUUUAUUUUUUCUGGCAGAUUUACUUACACAACAUGUUUGUGGAAAAGCUAGUAAAUGUAUGAAGCAAUCUUUGUGUCA